AAAAAGUACAUUCUAAAGUUGGAUCAACAAGUACAACCCAUCAAAACCUCGUGAGUUAGCUCCAUAAACUCGAAACGCUCAACUUUUCAUGUCUGACUCCCAUACUCUAGGGUUACCCUGUUCAAGCAAUUAUCAUGGAAACACCAGAUGAGGUUUUGGUAUGUCAGACUUGUGGUGCUGAAGGUCUCACCAAUGCUUUCAUUUAUUGUGUUAAGUGUCUGAAAUAUGUGAUUCACAGGUACUGCUUAGCUGUAAUGCCAGAGACAUUUGACGAGUUUGUGACGUGGUAUUGUGAAGAUUGCGAACAACCGGUACCAUAUCACUUUACGCCUCCGCCAGAACACGACCCUUCACCGUCCCACAACGACGACCCCCCAAAUUCCGCACUUGUAAAGAAGACAACUCCUCUGAAGAAGAAGAAACAGAUAAAGAAGAAAUCAUUGAAGAAAAGGAAACUUGCUUCUUUGGUAGUAAAGGAAGACGAUAAGUGCGUUCCUCGACGAAAUAAAUUCACUCAGGAUGUGGUUUUGGGGUUGGUAAAACGGGAUCAUAAAUCUUUACCGGUCCAGAAAACGGUUGCCGCAAGUUUACCGGAUAUACAAACAAAAGACGAGGAUCCUUUGCUAGCGAAAAACGAGGCCAGUUGCCCACCGGAGACCGCAAAAUCCAACGCUCAAAAGUGUGCUGAAACGUUAUCAAAUUCUCUACUAAAAGAAGCAUCGGCAAAUUCAGAUCAAAAGUAUGCUGAGUUGGACAACGGUUUCUCAACGAAAGGAAUUGUAAAAAGGAAAAGAGACACAACUCGUGUAGCUGCAAAAACAAAGAAGCAGAAAACCGAAAAGUCAAGCGAGCAUUCGUCAUGCGAGUCUAGUUGUACGGAUGCAACUUUAAAGAAUGAAAAGGAUGUUACUCACACUGAAGAGGGGCUGAAAUGCGGGCCCGAUAAUGACAAGAUGGUUUCCAACUCUUCAUCCAUUGAAAACCAGUUAAACAAGAGUAAUGAGUUUAUUGGUAGCGCUUAUGCUUCUCAAUCAGAUUAUAUGCAGAACGAUAUGCAGUGCAUCAAGAAUCAACCUGCAAGACCUUGGCAGGAUCCAAUAUGGAGGGGAAGUUUCAAUAUUACUCAAACAGAUUACGAUUUGUUUGAAGGGCUUGUCGGUCAUUUAUCAACUAGAGCUUGUGAGAAGGUGAUUGACGAAGCAACUACACUUUCGUCAAUGCUUUCUUUGGAAAUGCAUCCAAAGGCCGAUCUGUGGCCCAAGAGCUUCUUGAAUUCUCCGCCGUCAGAUGGAAGUAUUGCUCUCUACUUUUUUCCAAACGACAGAAAAAACGAAAGGGAUUUCGAGCAGUUGGUCGAUGAUAUGAUAGAUAAAGAUCUUGCAAUGAAAGCCAGUACAAAAAAUGCGGAAAUGUUGAUAUUCACUUCUAAAGUUUUGCCUCAGCCAUUCUGGAGGUUCCAAGGAAACUACUAUCUGUGGGGAGUUUUUAGAGGCAAAAAGAACGAUGUUCCGGUCGCAAACCACAGUGAUAACCGUGUUUUGUCUGCAAAUUCUGGGAAUGAAGUAACAAGUGAAAAGGAAGAUUGCAAAAGGGUGAAAACUAUUGAAUCUCGUAGUCCUCAAAGUCCUUUGUGCAAUUACAGGUAACUGUGGCAUGUACGUGGACCGAGAAACCGAGGAUUCACUAGCAUGAUGUAACGGCAUCAGUUUUUUGGAUGGGGACAACCCCGAUCACAACUUAAUUUAUUAUCAUCAAGAACGCGAAUGUUGAGUUGAAUGAUGGUGAAUUAACAGUAAGUUGGUUUAAAUCUAAAUUGGUUUAGCUUUAAGCUUUAAUCUUGGUGUCUCCUAAAUUUGCAAAACAUCUAUUUUUAUCUGAUUGUGAAUAUUCCUUUUCUCAUGAAGUGUUGUUAUUUA